AGUUAUAACAAAAACCCUUGCUGUGACAGACUGAGAAGCAUUUGACUGGGCGCUGAGACACAGCCAACCCUCAUCAAACGUAGUUAGCAGUCACAUCCGACGUUUCUGACCACCGAGGUACCAGAUGAAGCAGGAGAAGCCGGCGGGGCCGGUGGCGGCGGAGAAGACGCCGCCGCCCAAGGACGACAAGGCCAAGAGGCCCGCCGCCAGCCCCAGGAGGUACCCGGAGAUCUCCCAGGAGGAGCUGCGGCGCCUGGUGCUGCAGAGCUUCGUGGGCCACGUGCCCCGGGACUGGCGCCAGGAGCCCCGCGCCAGCGAGCUGGAGGAGCCGCCGACGGCGAGGCGCGCCUCGCGCCAGUACAGCGACUCGAACGGCGUGCGGUGCGCGUGCGGCGCCCUCAUCCCGCCCGAGCACGUGGAGGACGGCGACGAGGACCCCGAGUGCCUCGAGUGCAGCGAGUUCCGCAAGAAGGUGUACGAGAGCUUCCUGCAGAUCAGCCCCAACCAGAUGCGGCGGCGGUCGUCCCAGUGAUCCCUUCUUGUACUUCUUCUCCUUGACGCUCUCCCCACAAACCACUUAUCCCCCACGUACCUGCAUUUGGUCAUCCUAUCACGUAGCAACAACUUACUGCUAUUAAAAACAUAGAACUA